AUGCGGCGCAUGCUCGAGUUCGUCCUGCAGCUGCCGCCCCGAGGCCUGGACGCGCCCGCGGCCAGCCAGACCUUCGACACGAUCUCGCUGGAAGAGGGCGCGGCGCAGGCCAUCGCCCAGCUCACCCUUCACAACAACGUCCCGCCGUCGUACGUGCAGUACUUCAUCGCGGACGUGUCCAGGGGAGGCAAGGCGGCCAAGGACCUCUACGCAGAGGUCUUGGGCCGCAUGCGCGAGCAGCUCAGGCAGGACCCGCCCACGGGGGUGGACUGGUCCUGCCUCCCGGACGGGGCCCUGAGGCCAGUGGUACCCGCCAGGGUGGACAUGCAGCCAGGCAGGGCGACGCGGUACGGUGUCGAGGGGCUGAGCAACGGGGAGGUCGUGGUGCAGAGGAAUACCCAGGAGCGUGGCCCACCUCGCAGCUGGUUCGGCAACGACGACGACGUCGAGAGCGACGGCUAUGUGUUUCGCAGACACAUCAGCACUGACCUGCCCAUCGGCAAGCACAAGGCAGAAAUCUGCGAGCUGAUCCGGGACAACCAGAUCACCCUCAUCCAGGGCGAGACCGGGUGCGGGAAGACCACGCAGGUGCCUCAGUACAUCCUCGAGGCUGCGCUCCAGGCCAGGGCGGAGCAGCGCCGUGCGGUGCGCAUCGUGGUGACGCAGCCGCGGCGCAUCGCCGCGAUCACCGUUGCGAAGCGCGUGGCGGAGGAGCUCGGCGAGAAGGUCGGCGAGGGCGUCGUGGGCUACAAGAUCCGGGGCACCACGGUGGCCAGCCCCCGCUGCAAGCUCCUCUUCUGCACCACGGGCGUCGUGCUUCGCCGCCUCGCCAACGAGGGCUCCAACUGGAUGUUCUCGCCGAAGACGGUGACGCACCUGCUGGUGGACGAGGUGCACGAGCGCGGGGUGGACACCGACUUCAUGCUCACCUUCCUCAAGGAGGUGCAGUCCAGGCGGCCAAACCUGCGGGUGGUCCUGAUGAGCGCCACCAUGGAUACGGGGUGCUUCCUGAAGUACUUCACGAUGCCAGCCAAGGUGACACAGCUCGAUGGCGCCGAAGAGGGCAAGGUGAUCAAGCCGUCCCUGGUGGUUUGCCCCGCGUUCUGCCACCCCGUCUCCGAGGUCUAUCUGGAGGGGAUCACCAGGCGCCUGGGCAAGGACGGCCCCCCCGAAGGCGGUAGCCCGGACGAGCUGAGGCGGAAUCCUAACGAGAUCUCCGAGCGCGACGGCAUCGACUACGAUUUGAUUGUCCAGGCAAUCGAGGAGAUGGAGUCCUCCCCAGAUGGUGCGUGGACGUUCUGCGCAGCGGGGGCGGCGAAGCCGAAGAGCCCGCAGACCGGCGCGAUCCUGGUGUUCCUGCCAGGCCUCGGGGAGAUCUCGGAGCUCAUCGCGAAGCUGGAGGAGAGCGCCCACGCCCCCAAGUGGUGGCUGCUCCCGCUGCAUGCCAACCUGCCCCCAGAGGACCAGCAGACCUGCUUCCUGACCACUCUGCCUGCCGGCUGCACCAGGAAGAUCAUCUGUGCGACCAACGUCGCCGAGACGUCUGUCACGGUGCCCGACGUCACCUGCGUCAUCGACACCUGCAGAGAGAGGCGAAACCACGUGGACCGGCACAGCAACACGCCCACGCUGCGCGAGCAGUGGUGCGCGCUGGACUCCAUGAAGCAGAGGCGGGGGCGCGCUGGCCGCGUGCAGCCAGGCGUCUGCUUCCGGGUCGUGCCGGAGAGGCACCUGGAGCGGUUCGAGGCGGUGACCCCGCCAGAGAUGCAGCGGGUGCCGCUCGAGAACGUUUACCUGCAGGUGUGCGCCAGCGGGAUCGUCGACAGGCCCGCCUUCCUGGCCAAGACCCCGGACCCUCCCGAGGAGGCCGCCGUGCUCUUCGCCGAGGUCGCCCUCAAGGAGCUCGGCGCGCUCGACGAGGCCGAGCACGACGGCCUGACGCCGCUGGGGCGCCAUCUGGCCGCCCUGCCGUGCCACCCGCGGCUGGGGAAGAUCCUGGUGCUCGGCUGCCUGCUGGGGGUGCCGGGGCCAUGCCUCAGCAUCUCGAGCAUCUGCGCGGCGAUGUCCGUGCGCAACCCCAUGAUGACCACGCAGGACACGGGCAAGCGGGCGGCGUGGCAGGGCGCGCGGGCGGAGGUCGUGGAGCAGAUGCAGGUCCGCAGCGACCACUGCGUCUGGGCCCACAUCAUGCACGAGUGGAGGUUCGGCGACGUGAAGCAGCGGGACUACUGCAGGAAGCUCGGCCUGUCCUUCGAGCGGAUGUGCUCCUCCAUGUUCGAGCGCAAGCACCUGUGCGAGUCGCUGGUGCAGGUGGGCCUGCUGCCCAGCAAGUUCCUCGCGAACGAGUGGGAGGAGCAGGAGAGGGUGCCGGACUGGACGCUGGUGCGGGCCGCGGUGGUCGGGGGCCUGUACCCGAACAUCAUCCAUGUCUCGCGGCAGGCGCCCAGGUCGUACCAGAGCAUGGGCAGCAGCCCGUCGGACAGGGCGAAGCGGAUGCGGUAUUCGUUCGUUCAGAAGCAUUUCAGUGGUCAGCCUGGUAUGGACCAAGAGAAGUCGGUGAACUUGCACCCGAACUCGCUGUGCUUCGGGCAGGAUCAGUACCACUGCCCCUGGUUGGCGUAUUACAACAUGCAGCAGACCACCAAGCUGUACGCCUACGACGUUUCCGAGGUGAAUCCUUUCGCCCUGCUGCUUUUCGGAGCGGAGCCAGUCGCCAAGGACAUGCUCAUAGAGGUCGGGGGCUGGAUUCGGUUCGGCUGCCCGGACGCGGAGCGGAUCUUCCCUCUCAUCAGGGCUGCGAGGAGAUGCAUCCAGAACGUGUUGGAGCAGAAGCUGGAGGACGUCGGGCACGACAUCGCCUCCUCGAAGGAGCUCAAGGUGUGCGUGGAGCUGCUCAAGUCUGACGGCCUGGGGUACCGGAGGCCUUCGCCGCCGCCGGUGCAUCGGAGCAGGAAGGCCAAGGAGGAGGGCGAGUUCGACGAGUGGGAGAACGAGCCACGCCCAAAACAAAAGGACAAGGAGCACGAGGACAAGAUGCAGGAGGUCUGGUCCGCCGCGAAACGGGCGGCGGCCGGGCAGUGA